AUGCUAGAAGCAGCCGCCAUUCCCAUUCCGUUGCCUGAAGAACUCAUCGGCGAGAUACUCCUGAGACUUCCGGUAAGAUCCCUCCUUCAAUUCAAGUGUGUGUGCAAAUCAUGGAAAAUUCUAAUCUCCGGUUCCCAUUUCAUAAAAAGCCAUGUAAGAAUCUCAACCUCGGAUCCAACCAUUACCAACCAACAGUUGGUGUUUUCCUUUAGGAAACAACCGUGGGAAAUCGUAUCCUACCCUUUGAAGCCAUUAUUCCAAGACCCGUCAAACCCUGUUAAACCCGGUACCUUCACCUACUCGGAGGAGAGCUUUCAUCGUAUUAUAGGUUCAUGCAAUGGCCUCCUGUGUCUGCUCGAUACCUUUCCUCCUCGUUGUUGUGUCGUACUGUGCAAUCCUUCUCUCCGUUUCAUAUCCAAAAACUCUUCGGAACCUAUUUCAAAAGAUUGGUUCAUGAUGAAUUAUGGUUUUGGAUAUGAUCAAGUCAAUGACAAGUACAAGGUGCUACUAGUGGUACGAUGUAAGAAACCUGAUUAUCAAAUUUUGACCAAAAUAUAUACCUUUGGUCAAGAUGAUUACUGGAAAACUAUUCCCAAUUAUCCGUAUGAUGAUCCUCUGCUUAUUGGAAAAUUUGUGAGCGGCACUCUGAAUUGGAUAGUUUCUCAUGAGAACACUAUUAUUUCCUUUGAUAUCCAGAAGGAGACUUACAUGAAAAUGUUGUUACCUCAAAACGACAGUGACAACAAUGUGUGCAAAUUUCAAGAGCUGUCUGUUUUAAGUGAUUGUCUUUGUGUGUCUGAAUAUUUCGACUCUCAACAUUUUCAUUUGGUCCUGUGGAUGAUGAAAGAGUACGGAGUUGUUGAGUCAUUCACUAAAUUUAUGGUCAUCCCUUAUGACAAGUUCAUCCGGAAUCAACCUUGUUCGAUUAAGCUUUUCUUCAUUUCAGAAAAUGGUAUUUUAAUGGUAAUAAUGGACUCCCAGCUUAUCCUAUAUAACUCAAAUACUGCUGUUGCCUUGGAUCCAUUGAUAACCAUGAAACUUGGGAGGGAUCAUCAUAUUUACUGUGAGAGUUUGGUAUCACUGCCGUGUUAUCGGUAA